UAUUUAAUAAAUCAAUAAACGCAUUUUUUUAGUAAAUUUAAACUUUACUUCGAAUUUAAAACGAAAGCGGUAAUUUACCGCCAAAAUGAACGAAUACCAUCUAUCGAUAUCAUAUUGAACUACGUCAGUGAUACAUACCGACAGGAACAAACUCAUUUUUGUCGGUUAAAAGUCACUGUUUACGGUAAUCAUCAGAUUUUCAUCGAUAUUGUGAAAAUUACACCAUAUUAGGAAAUUUUCCGUACAGAAGGUAAUUUAUAAUCAUUUACUUUAAUGGCACAUUACGCAUAAUUUAACAAGUACUACUAAAAUCAAUUUAAUAUCUAUUUGUCUUCGACUUGAUCUAUAAGUUUUAUUUUUUAUAUACAGAUUAUAUCAAUUAAAACUAUCAUAAUCAAUUCAGUACAUAGUCUAAAACUUAAUAAUCACGUGUAUAUUAACCGUUUCGAUACAUUUCUAUUCAAAUACAAUUGAUUACACGUUGUUAUGUACAUAUAAUCGCUAGGCAUCACAAUGUUUCUUAAGAUUAUAAAUUCUAAGAUUAAUCUGAUCAUAUAAAUUAACCAAUUUCUAUACGACAGAAAAAUUUACUAUGUUUAGAGGAUUAACUUACGAGUAAUAGGAAAAGGAACUAAGACACUUUACUAACAUCGGUUUGAUCUUCAUAUUCGUGGACCGUUGUUGGCCAAAUCGUCUUAUCCGACUGUUAAUGUCACGUUACAAAAUUGUAAACAGAAAUUCAGUUAACCGUUCGACAGCAGACGAAGAUAGAUUUUGUUAGCUGUCAAUUGUUUCAGUUGUGAAUAGUGUAUGAAACAUUCUGAGAAAAUCGAAAUCUUGUUUUGUAUAUGUUUAAGUUACUUUCAGUUCAAGUGUAAUUUAAAAAGCUUACAAUGGAAUUUGGGUUUUGUUUAGUUUUAUAAAAUAUUUGACUCUAGGAUAAAAACUGUGUGCACUUAGCGCUGGUGUCUAAGAAUAUUAACGAAAGUUGCCAUAUCUUACUUGUUAGAAUGACAAGUAAAAAGGUAGUAAGUACGCUAUAUACAGACUGUCACAGUAUAUCAUGGUAUAAUAGGCGAGGGAGUAAUUUUAUGUGGAAAACACGUCGGAAAUAUAGGAUAAGUUAUCUUCACGGCCCACCGUUUUUAAGAAAAUCGAAUUUGAAAAUUUAUCAAGUAUACUCGGAUUUGACCUGUUCUUCGUUGGACAAGAAUAAAUAAUCGACAUGAGGUUAUUCUGUGUGAGGUGUGAGAAUUUGAAAAAAUCAAAUCAAAAUCAACUUUGAAAAUUUAUCAAGUACACGUGUACCAGAUAAAUUCUUAACUUCUUUUUUCAUUAUUGUAAUUUUCGUGCGUACAAUCUAUCAUGCAAUGAUAAUUAGCUCAGACUAUGAUAACUUAAGUUAUAAUAUAAUAAUAUUAUGUAUCACUAUGAUAUUAUUUAAUUUAUGUAUUCUUAACUAAACCUGUUCAAAUGUAGUUUUUUAAAAACGAUAUCUUAGAUGGAAAAAUUUUAUUCUACAUUUCUUACUUGUUUCUGCAUAUAGAAUAAUCUUUUGUUAAUUGUUUACUAGUAUCCAGUAAUUAAUUAACCAAAUUUACAUAUGCUACAAGCGAAUAUUAUACACUAUUAUAAAUAAAUUUUCAAAUUCGAUUUUAAUGAAAAUGAAGUGCCACAUAAACAAAUUUUAUUCUAUAUUUUCUACUUAUUUUGCCAUGCAGUAUCGUUUGUCGAUUGUAUCAUGAUUAUUACUAGGAUACCCUAUAUAAAAUCUUUUUCUAUCGAUUCUUCUACAUCGAAAAUCAAUUUGCGUGUCUGUAGUUAUUACGUAAGGAAACAUUUCUUGAGAGAUUAUUAAAGGAAGGAAAAGGAUAUAUCUUUACAAUGGAAGAAUUGCACGUAUGUUUGAAAAGACAUUCGUGCGAAUACAAGAAGAUGCUAUUCGUUAUAGAUCGCUACUCUCGAUAUAAGACACAAUUAAAGGAGAAUAUGGAGGAUUUGAUAGUGUACGAUAGUGACGUUCUGGAUGAUAAUGAUGAUGAAGAUAUAGAAGAUGCCGAUGAAAUGGAAUAUUUGGACAUAGAGAUGGGAGGAUAUGAAAAUGACGAAGAUUUUGUAGUCUUCGAAGAAUAUUUUCACAAUUUUGAUAGUAUUGCAUAUCGAAGGAAUAUUCUCGCUAAUAUGGAAAUGUUAAUUUUGCGCAUGUUAAUAAUGGAUGGAUCUCUCAUAAAUAUUUUGUUUUCGAUAUAUUCGAAGUUGAAGAUCCUUUUGAAAGAUUAUUAUCAAAGAGUUGAAAAGUUUUUGGAACGAAACAAGACGCUCGUAGAAUUCCAGAAUAAUUCUGAAAAAAAACAACCAAUCAAGAGCUUUGAAAAGAAAUACAACCAACUGCAGCAGCUUUUACUUAAGAUUACCGAGAAAGAAAUAUUUCUUGUGGAAACUAUGGUGCAACCGCGUAUGGUUCAGAAUAACGGGGAAAACAAAAAUAAUUAAAAUUCGUGACGUGAUGUCAGUAUAUGUAUACACAUGAAAAACAUUUACAUUUAUAUCAGUUCGAUGUGUCAAAAAUAAAUACAUUUUGAUUAGAACGUAAAUUACGUUCUUCAUUUUGAUUAGUAUAUAUUUUAAACAUUUAGAAUGUAUUUAAAAAUUUAUUAGGACUGAGUCAACAAGCAAAGUUCUGUUACAGAUGAGUUGCAAAAUAGGCGUGAUAUAUAAUGCUUUUUCGUGUCUCAUGAAUCUCCAUUAUCAUUACUAUUUUCACUUCACCAUUUUCGUGUCAAAUGCAAUGUUACCGAUUCAGUAUGGUACAUACCGAAUCUUAUCUGUGUUACUGGCACAGACGAGUUUGCUUCGUCUGUGAUGUCAAUUUAUCCUGUCCUUGGCCAAUGGUCAGUAAUCAGUGAUUCAGUGCACAAACAUAUUUUCAAUCGUACGUGCAGAUAUCGCAAACACUCCGAUAGAUGUCUCCAAUUUAUUUUGUACUUGCGCUAUAGAUCGUUUAGAUCUCUACCGACGUUCGAUGUCGGCAGAUCGCGCAUUUGCGAUAUUUGUUCUCUCUUGCUUCUAUUUGUGACAUAUAUGUUAAUAUUGAAGAUGUUUGUUUAAAUGCGAAAAAGAGUAUUAAACAAAAUCUAA